CGGUGCGCAUGUUGCCCUGGUGCCUGUCUGAAUAGGCUUGGCUUGGCCAACAAUUUGGGAGCCAAUUUUCAAUGGGAAGAAAAGAAAAUCUCUUCCCCUUUCUUCCCCUGGCUCUCACUAUCACCUUAUGAUGCUCAGUUCCUUGGUCAAGACGAUGACUUUGUCCACAGUUCAACUUUAUACUUUGUAUACUAACUCCCCUGGUCGUUUUGCCUCUCUCCUUCUCAUUUUAUUCCACUAUACGCUAUCAAGCCGCCUCCCUCUGGUCUGGUCUCAAGCCUUCCGGGCAGUGAGAGCGAACUGUGCUACGGGGUAUUUGCCUACUAACCUUUUAGGUGGCUUUUUAAAGAUAUGUCUUCUCUGAUCUUGGAGAGCCGUCAUUUCAAAGAAAUACGCAAGACUCAA